ACGAAUUAUUGUUUGAGCUUUUUGAUGUAGGAUAUUAUGUUUUAAAACUGGCAGAAAAGUGUACGGAAACGCGUUGCACAAUUGAACACGUUACUUUAUAUGCUUAUAUAACAAUGCUUCACACUCUGUUGAAAUGUGUGAAUCAGAGGAUUUUGAACAAUCAGAAUGCAUGUAUAAAGCGUGAAGUGCUAUUUAAAGGCAAUGUUCGUCAUAAUUUUCUAUUGGAGGUGAAAAUAAUAAGUGCCCAUUACAAAAAGUUGCUGAAUUGCAGCAGGCAUUUGUCAGCAUGCUUUAAUAUACAGCAUCAUCGUACUCAUGAAGACGUUUUUAAAAUAAUAUUCAUAAUUAGUUACACUCUGGUUUAUUUACUUGUCGUCGUUUUCUCUGGUCAAACCCUGUGUAAUGAAUAUGCAAAUGUAAACCGAAGUCUCGUAUAUUUAUAUAAUAUCCUGAUCAUAAAUCCGUUGUCGGUAGAGGCAAAAUGCGUCAAGGAUCUAAAGCUCUUGGUGAAAGCCAAUCCUAUUCAAAUAGAUUGUAACUCUAAGGUGGUCCUGGGAACGUAUCUCUUACCCGCCAUUAUGGCCCUUUCCACCACAUCUGUAAUUGUAAUAUUACAAUUCUAUCAUUUUAUUUGAAUCAUUUGGUAUAUCACAUCGCCCUUUGAUUAUGCCUUAUAGCUUGACAGCUUGACAACAUACUUAGUAGUUAGUAGCUCUUCUAUAGUUACAAAUAGGUCACUUAUAUUUAGGGGGGAACUGUGUAUAAAAUUGCCUACCUAUACCUACUGUACCGAUCGAGUAGUUUUAGUUAAACACGAGAAUUAGACAUGUACAAGCAAGCAUAAAAAUGGAAAGAACUAAAUUAUAUUUAGUACCUAACAUUACAUUUGAUGAUCGUCCUUCAAAACAAGAGUUUUGUUCUACUUACGUUUUAUUUUUAAUGCUUCGUGUU